UAGGAUUAUUUGGCGGAGCUGGUGUAGGAAAAACUGUGCUGAUUAUGGAACUGAUCAAUAAUGUCGCCAAAGCGCACGGUGGUUAUUCAGUGUUUGCGGGUGUUGGUGAACGCACUCGAGAGGGUAACGAUUUGUAUCACGAAAUGAUUGAAGGUGGGGUCAUCGAUUUGAAAGGCAAAAAUUCGAAGGUAUCUCUUGUAUAUGGCCAAAUGAAUGAACCACCUGGAGCAAGAGCACGAGUUUGUUUAACUGGUCUGACAGUUGCUGAAUAUUUCCGUGACCAAGAAGGACAAGAUGUAUUGCUUUUCAUCGAUAAUAUUUUCCGAUUUACGCAAGCUGGUUCCGAAGUUUCAGCGUUGCUUGGGCGAAUUCCAUCCGCUGUGGGUUAUCAGCCAACUUUAGCAACGGAUAUGGGUGGCAUGCAGGAGCGAAUCACUACAACCAAAAAGGGUUCAAUUACAUCAGUGCAAGCUAUUUAUGUACCUGCUGAUGAUUUAACAGAUCCGGCCCCAGCAACCACAUUUGCUCACUUAGAUGCUACAACUGUCUUAUCCCGAGGUAUUGCUGAACUAGCCAUUUAUCCUGCCGUAGACCCGCUCGAUUCAACAUCUCGCAUCAUGGAUCCUAAUAUUGUUGGGCAAAAACAUUAUGAUAUUGCUCGUGGUGUACAAAAGAUUUUACAGGAUUACAAAUCGUUGCAAGAUAUUAUCGCCAUUCUUGGCAUGGAUGAACUGUCAGAAGAGGAUAAGCUGGUGGUAUCGAGAGCUCGGAAAAUUCAGAAAUUUUUGUCGCAGCCAUUCCAGGUUGCUGAAGUAUUCACCGGACACAAAGGAAAAUUUGUGACUCUCGAAGAGACGAUCAAGGGAUUUGAACUUAUUUUAAAAGGUGAGAUGGAUCAUUUGCCGGAAGUGGCAUUUUAUAUGCAAGGUGGGAUCGAUGAUGUAGUCGUAAAAGCUGAAGAACUGGCUAAGCAGAAUAUAUGAAGUGCCAAUGAUUACACUGGAUAUUACCUGGUACUGAGUAACUAAUAGUGGAUUUUCGUCAUCUGAACUUCAACAAAUUUCGUUUGUGUUGUAAAAGCUUGUGCUAUUAUUGUAAGCUUUAGGAAAUAUUACAGAGUAUUUUACUGUUAUAUAUACUAGCCGAACCUUUUUUUUGUUGCAUAAUGAUUCGUGUACACAGUGCCUCACUUCUGUGAUAUUUAACAGCUGUUUCGGUGCACUAGCCUAUUGAUUUCAUAAGGGAAUCAGAAUUUGUCAUUUUUUCGAAUCAUUUUAAGAAAUAAAUCAAGCACUAGAAUUGCAUGUUUAGUUUCGACUCCGAAGUGUCUCCAUUUUAUGCAUGUUUGAAAAGUGUCGGCUCUGCUGUAGAGUAAAAUUGUUAGAACC